AUGGGCCGCUGCAGCCAGCUGCUCUUGUUGUCGCUCUUUUCAGAACGACUCGCGCUGACAGAGGCCUCUGACAAUCGCUUGCAACUGACAGCGGCCAGCGACACGCCGAGCCGCCGCCAGCGGCCAGCUGACGCGCCGCCUCCGAAAAAGCAGAAGAGGCGAAAGAAGAAGGGGAAGCCGACGAACGUGAGUUUGGCGGUUGCCGCCGCAACAGAGUUCAAGCAGUGGAACCGCGAGAUGCAAAAGUACACCAAGCAGAUGAACGACAUCGAGGCGUACCUCGCAGUCAAGGCAAAGCAGAAGCACGUCCGCGAGUCGGCGUCGGCGAGCAAGAUGCGGCUGCACAAGUACGCGGACCUGGUCGCCAAGGUGGGGCCGAUCCGCUCGAUGCUGCUCGCCUCGCUCGCUGUGCUCGCCCUGUGCGCGUGCGCCCUCCGCUUCUUAUCGCGUUCAAGCCUCCUCACGCUCUUCUACACGGCGCUCUACCUCACCGCCUCGCCCGCCGCCAUCCUCAUUAACAAGGUCAUCAUGAAGGACUUUGGGUUCCACUACCCCAUCAUCGUCUCGGCGAGAUGCCCCCCCGAGAUCAUCCGAGAUCACCCGAGAGCGCUCGGCAUGGGCACCACGAGCGUCGCCUCGUUCCUGUGCGUGAGAGUCUUCAAGACGCACCCGAUCGACCAGUCCAAGCCCGUGCCGGUCUCCAACCUCGUCGUCCUCGGCGCCACCACCGCCCUCGCGCUCUGCCUCGGGCAGUACCCGUACCUCUACCUGACCGUCGCCUUCAUCCAGAUGCUCAAGGCCUUCUCGCCCACGUACAUGGUCAUCUUCCUCGCCCUCCUCGGCGUCGAGCAGCCGUCGCGCCGCAUCGUCCUCAUCACGGUCGGGCUCUCCGCCUUCACGGCGCUCGCGUCGGCCGGCGAGGUCAACUUCAACCUCGUCGGAGUCUCGUUCAUGGUUGCCGCAUCGACGGCAGACGCGGUGCGGCUGGUCGUCGCGCAGAAGCUUCUCAAGAACCUCAAACUCGCGCCGAUGGAGGCGCUCUACUACACCUCGCCGAUCACGCUCGGGUGGAUGGGCCUCGCGGUUUUCACGGAGCUCCCCGACGUGUGGCGGACGAGCGCCCACGCCAUCGUGGGGAGCCACCCGGUGCUGUUUUGCGUCGCCGGCCUCUCGGGCUUCGUCAUCAACCUCUCGGGCUUUCUGCUCGUGAAGCGUACCUCGGGCAUGACGCUCAAGAUACUGACGAUGUCCCGCAACGGGGGGCUGGUUCUCGUCUCGGCGGUCGUCUUUGGCGAGACCAUCACGCGGCUCGAGGCUUUCGGCUACAGCGGCCUCCUCGUCUGCUUCGCGCUGUACACCUUCGAAAAGAUGAGGCCGGAGGCGCCGCCGCCGCCGCACGCGGGAGACGGGGCCGGCCACGAGGACCAGGAUGUGGAGCAGCGCUGGAGCUUGAGGACGCCGAACAGCCCAACCUCCUCCCGGGGCGGCUCGCCUGAUGGCUCGCCACGCGGGCCGACACUGGGAAGCGCCUGGCGCGGCGGCUAUGAGGCUCCGCCUGCUACGCCCGCCAUGGUUACACCAUCGGCCUUAAACGUCAAGUUCAAGGACUCGCUCUCCUCCAACCCGGAGGACGUCGGCCAGCGAGGCGCUUUCGUCGGCCUCGGCAACACCGAGCCCGGCACGAGCGCGGACGUCUUCGGCCUCGAGCAGCGCGGCGCUGUCGGGGACGGCGACUUCAGGCCGAGCGACGGCGGCGGCUAUGUGGCGUACAAGAAGGCGGACUACUCGAGUACGCGCACGCCCUCUCGCGCUCGGACACCGACGUGCGUGCGCAACAAGCUCUCGAAGCGGCAGCACGAGGACGAGGCGAGCUGGUCGACGCGGUCGUGGCUGUCGCUGCAGGCCCAGCGCAUGUCAGUCGCGCUGCAGCUCGCGGCGGCGGAAGAGAUUGCGACCGAGCUCAGGCUCGCCGCGGCGUCGGAGGACGCCGCCGUCGCCUAG